AAGCAGCCAUUUUUUAGUGGAAUCAGAUAGAAUCGUUACUUUAAUCAUUCUGACGUUUUAAUUUUUGAUCGUGUUUGAUUUGUAGUUUGAAAGUAACAUAUGUUGAAAUACGAAAAUACCAAUGAAAACGAAAUAAUCGUCGACAGUAUUAAAUCAGAGUUUGAUCGCCGUCUUAAUUAGUAGUGUUCUUUGUGAUAAGAAUCACGGCCUGAUAAUGGGUAAUGCGGGGAGCAAUCAACCGGUUGGACAUCAUCAUAGCACCCACUCGAGCAGAGAACAUCGUCAUACCAAGGAAUACCCUCCACCUUCACCAGGAAAGGAAGGCCAAGCCUUCGUUUUUGAUAAAAAGCCAAGCCAAAAAUUAGUUUUCCAAUCUUCCAAUGAGGAAGAGGAGCCUUAUUUUGCCAAGACUCAUGGUCAUCAAGAUGGAGAAGAGUUUAGUUCUCAACGUCCACGUUCCAAUACAGUGUCUGAAGGAACCAAAGUAGCAGAUAGCAAAGUGCUACCAACAGUUUUUAAAUGGGAGGGAGGUGGUAAACAGGUUUAUAUUAGUGGAACUUUUACUGGAUGGAAGACAUUGCCAAUGGUUAAGAGUCAUGGUGAUUUUGUAACAAUCAUUGAUUUGCCAGAGGGAGAACAUCAAUAUAAGUUUUUUGUUGAUGGUGAAUGGAGACAUGACCCAGACAUAAAAAUUGUUGAUAAUGGUAUGGGUUCUAAAAAUAAUUUAGUGUCUGUAAGAAAAUCUGACUUUGAAGUUUUCCAAGCACUUGCAAAGGAUAGUGAAGGUGUUAUUAGUAGUGCUCAGACAGAAUAUGGGCAAGAUAUUCCUCCUCACAAGCCUUGGGAAAAAGUAGCUGGACCACCAAUAUUGCCCCCACAUUUGCUUCAAGUUAUCCUCAAUAAAGAUACUCCUUUGUCUUGUGAACCAACACUUCUACCAGAACCAAAUCACGUUAUGUUAAAUCAUUUAUAUGCCUUAAGUAUUAAAGAUAGCGUAAUGGUUUUGUCAGCCACGCAUCGUUACCGCAAAAAAUAUGUGACGACUUUGUUGUACAAACCAAUUUAAAGUUCUUAAAUCAUUCCCAAAGUUGUCGGCAAUCGUUAGUUACAUCGAAU